GUCAGUGCAAUUUGCGGCUGAGAAAGUCAAAUUCUUUGGCAGAAGAGUGCAAAGUUUGAGGCAAACGCGAAGAAAUGGUUGAUAUCAAAGACAAGUUUAAGGAGGUCUUCUCUGUGCUCAAAUCAGAGCUUCUUAAUGACCCUGCUUUUGAAUUCACUGAUGAUUCUCGCCAAUGGGUUGAUCGUGUGGUGGAGUACAAUGUUCCUGGAGGAAAGCUGAACCGAGGGUUGUCUGUCAUUGACAGCUACAAGUUUUUGAAAGAUGGAAAAGAGCUGAGUGAUGAGGAGUUUUUUCUUGCAUGUGCCCUUGGUUGGUGCAUUGAAUGGUUCCAAGCAUAUUUUCUUGUUCUUGAUGAUAUUACGGAUAAUUCUCAGCUGCGCAGAGGUCAACCAUGCUGGUUCAGGCUUCCAAAUGUUGGAUUGAUUGCUGUCAACGAUGGGUUAAUUCUGCGUAACCACAUCUUCAGAAUUCUCAUGAAGCACUUUAAAGGAAAGCCUUAUUACAUGGAUUUGCUAGAAUUGUUCAAUGAGGUUGAAUUUCAAACAGCCUCGGGCCAAAUGAUAGACUUAAUCACCACAAUUCCUGGGAAGAAAGAUCUAUCAAAUUACACAUUGUCAAUUCACCGCAGGAUUGUUCAAUAUAAGACGGCUUAUUACUCAUUUCACCUUCCAGUUGCUUGUGCAUUGCUUAUGGCAGGAGAGAAUCUUGACAAUCAUACUGAUGUGAAGGAUAUCCUUAUUGAAAUUGGGACCGUUUUUCAAGUACAGGAUGAUUAUCUAGAUUGUUUUGGUGAUCCUAAUGUCAUUGGCAAGGAUGGAACUGAUAUUCAAGACUUCAAGUGCUCUUGGUUGGUUGUAAAAGCUCUGGAACGUGCAAAUGAGGACCAAAAGAAACUGUUAUCCGAGAAUUACGGACAAGCAGAUAAAGCAUGUAUUGACAAAGUGAAAGAGCUCUAUAAUGUCCUGGAUCUUCAGAGUGUAUUUACGGAGUACGAGAACCAGUGUCAUGAGAAUAUAAUGAAAUCAAUCGAGGCUCAUCCAAGCAAAGCAAUACAAGCUGUGUUGAAGUCAUUCUGGAAGAAGAUAUACCAGAGGAAGAAGUAGAAACUUCAGCAGAGAGCAAAAGAAGGACAAACAUAGUAGACUAUGUGGUUCUGAUCUACUUAGUGUUUCAGAUUAUCUGAAUGUAGGGGGAAUAAAAUGUCUAAGUAUCUAAUUUACCUGGUAUCCUGAUGUCUCUUACAUGGAGUAGCUAGCAAAUCUCUAGGGAUUGGUAGCAAAACUGAGGGCUUGAGGAAAGCUACAUGCCUGCCAUUUGCUUGUUGCAGGAAACUAUAUUUGAGUAAAACUUUGUGUUGGAAUUAUGUUAUGAAAAUUUCUUGUUCUAAAUGAUUUUAUGCUCA